UAUGUCAAUUGUGGAAAGAAACGAUUCACAGAAUACAUGAGCAAUCACACAAGAAUGGCUUGUACUCUGGGACGACUCUAUAACGUGUUGAUACUGUGUUACGUUAGCGUUUGUUGUAUCCGUCCACCAUUUAUUAGCGAGUGGAUCGACAUGGAAUCUAUCUCUGGGAACAGUCCUGUUACCGUAUCACAUCCAUUUAACGAGAUUCCCGCGAGAGUUGAUGUUCAAGUAAAAGUUAUAUAUAAUGAACAGGAAUAUAUUUUCCCCGGCCUAGGUUCAAUACAAAGAGACAAUGAUGUAUGGACCGAGUAUGGAGGUGUUGCAUACACAUAUAAUGAAACCAGCGUCAUGUUGUUUGUUCCGAAAGGAAAAACUACAGGGAGAGUAGUAUACACAGGAGGAUCGGCUUAUACUGGGGAAUUUGAUGGAUCGUUCACGUCAUGUCAAGCACGGAUCAAAGUGUGGCGACUUUCUGAUUGGCCGAAACCAGACUUUAUCCACAACUGUAAUCUCACAAUAUCCAAAAGUGAACCAUUAAAAUUGGUGUCGCACACACUACGGAGACUUCCCGACGUUGUAACAGUACAGCUGAAGCUUGAUGAUGGGUACGUCGCCGACGGACAAGGUGUCACUCCCGUUACGCAGGAUGAUACAGGGACGAAUCACGUAUGUGGUGUUCUUUUUGGAAUAUCGACCACAUCUAUUACCUUGUGGGCGCCGAGCAAAAACAGGGACUAUGUGAUAUGUUAUGCAGACGGAUGGGGUAACGUCGAAAGAAGUUAUGAGUUUGCAGAAGUUGUCAUAAGAGCCUGGAUUCUAUCUGCUGAUGACAUAAUACUCAGGCAAUCCUUUCUUUACACCUGGGGCGACGAUGUACCGGAAGGUCUCUCAGGAAACUGCUUUUUGGAUCCUGACAAUCAUAUUGUAUUUGUUGAGAUAAAAGAUGCAACGACGACUGACGGGAAGGUAUUUUAUGCGGCUGGAACAGCGAGUUUAGCACAUGCUGGGGACCCCUUUGGUGGGGUUGUCUACGGUUACAACCAGACAGAUGUUCUUCUGUGGACACCCUCCGUGUCCAAUGGCUACCUCGUUUACGUGGACGGGAUAUGGGGAGAUGGAACGGAGACACUACACAUAAAUACUGUACAAAUAUCAGUCACCAUUCUGUCGACAAAUAAUUCAGUGCAGAAUACCACGUCUAUUGAUAUUGAAGAAUUUAUCAACGACUUGACCAUUGCUAAGAAGGAAACCAACUCGUAUGAGAGAAGCCUCAAAUGUGCAGAUGAUACGCGACCUAGUUCCAAAGCUGUCGGGAGUGUAGGAAUCGCCCUGCUGUGUACAAUGUUUGGAUUGAUAUUUCUGGCAGAUUGCCAACAAUUAUUGAAAAGGUUCUGCAAAAGAACCAAUAAAACAUCCGGAAUAUCAAUUGUAGACAAACAUUGAAAUGGAUGAAGAAACUGAAUCCUUGUGGUUUCUCUUCUCUUAUAUAUGGACCCGUAAAACACGUGACUUUGUACAUUGUGCUGAAUCAUGCUCAAGAAUUGUUUGAUGUUGUACAGAUAAAAAACAAGAUCAAAAGGUAAAAACUAAAUUUGAAUCGUUUUCAAGAAGUCGACAUCCUUUGAAAUUGAAUAAAAUGUGACAAAAAC